AUGCACACGAGGCGUCCGAGACCGAGGGGCGGCAAGAGUGCGAAGCGUCAGAAGCGUCGGAAUCAAUUCGCACAGGGCUUUAGCGAUCAGUUGGAGAACAUCUUGAGUACCGCGGACGCGACUCAAACUUCUUCUGAUCUUGGAGCGCCGCCGCAGAUUCAUUCGUCAUCUUCGAGUUCCGGGGUUGUUGCUGUGCCUAAGCCGAGCGCUAGUGCUAAGUAUCAACCAGCGAAACCUUCUCAGAAAGUGGGUCCUUCUUCAUCGGUGCGAUUGGUUGAUUUUCCCGACAGUGCCUUUGUUGAAGAGAUUUCAUCGGAAGAGGAGGUUUCAGUGAGCAAGGAGGUGAUCGAAGCUGGUGGGACGGAGAGUGACUACAUCUCAGUGAGGCGGCUGAGCGAAGUGUCACGUGGUGUUGAUCAAGCAGUUUUCGACUUGCCGAGGUGGGUUUCCGGAAGCGUGAUUGUGAAUAAAGUUGCAUUUCGGGACGAGCGGGGCGAAUUCUAUCUUGAUUCGGCGAGCGAUUUGUUUGAGUCCUUGAAAGGUUGCGUGGUUCUUGACCUGUAUAAGACGGUGAUUUUUCCGGAGCGACUUUCAUCGAGAGAUUCAAUCAGACUUGCAAAACACCGGGGCGAAUUCCAGACGAUCGAACGGGGGACGCUGUCGUUUAUCUUUGAGCUUCAGAGGAACGGGUUCACUUUUUGCGCGUGUUCUUUCAUCGGAAAGGCGGCAAGUGGUGAGUACAUUGAGGCUUUGAUUCAGAGCGAAUUGGCAGCAGUCAUUCCUGUGAUCUUUGUUAUUUACAAUCGCGAUCAGAAGGCCAGUCUUGCAAAAGAGCUCAGUGCGGUAGCUGCGAUUGACGAUCAGAGAGAGGUUGUUCGGCAGUACCGGGAUUCUGGUAUCUUUGCGAUUGAAGUCAGGAACUCGUGGGAAGAUUGCAAGCGGCAGAGAGCAGCGGUUCAUUCCGCGCCCUGCCCGCAAGCGGAGGUGCCGUUUACCAGCUUCAAUGCAUCAACCGGAGAAGUGACUUGGUUGGGUGACACCGGUGCUGGCCGCAACAUUGGGGGGGACGCUGAGCUGCCAAAGCCAUUCCUGGUGAAGCCCAGUAACCUUAAGGACUUAAAGGUAAGUUGCCCAGAAGCAUCCCGCUUUUACGCCAGUGAAGUUCGAGAAAACGUCCCAUUGUUCAAAGAAAGGGUGAGUAUUCUGCAUAUGCCCGGGGAGGUUGAUGAAAAGAAUGAUUUAGGUGAUUCGUCAAAAGCCUUAGAUGAAGAGUCUGAUGGGUAUGAGCCAAGCUUAGCACCAGAAGGCGCAGCAGCGCCGCCAGACGAAGAGGCUGUGGAGCAUUCGUCGAAUCAUUCCAUUUUACAUCUUCCCAAGAGAGCGGAUUGCCCCAUUUGUCAAGAAGCAAAGCAAGAUGCUGUUCCUGCUAGGCAUCGGACGUUCCUGCCGGAGCAGUCGAAGCAAAGGAUGGUGAGCUGCAGGCUUCGCCGUGAUUUGCACGCCUCGGAUCGAGCACUGCUCUUUGAGGCCUUGGCUUCCCAGGCCAUUGUCUCGCCGGCGCUGGCCAACUAUGAACAGGCUCUCGAAGAUGCAGAUGCCCAGGCGAAGGGCGCUGAGUUGAAGUUGAAGUUGAAGAUUGGUCCUUGGGAUGACGCCUGCGGCUGGGUCCGACAUCGGCACAGGUCCACGCAUUUCGCCGAUCUAGCUGAACUUCUGCCAGAGAUGGGUGAAGAAGCCUGGAUCAACGGUCGUGUUUCGCGGGAGGCCACCCGUUCCGUCGGAAUCCACCGAGCCGUUGGUGCCAAGAUGGGACUCAUGGCAGACACUCCAUAA